AUGAAUGAAUUUGAAAGAGAGAACAGAUGGAAAGCUUUAAUUUUGAAAGCUUUUUAUGGCAUAUUGAACAGCUUAAAUGCGGCUUUGGAUUUAGCCAUCAAAUUCAAAGAUUCAAUUUCGGAAGCUAUUUAUAAUCGACUGAACAGUGAUGAAGCACUCGUUUUCUUUAAAGCAUUUCAUGGGCUUCUUGUCUUCCUCGCCUCAUUUCUAAUUGCCUUAAUUGGUUUACACUUUCAAGCCUUAGACGUCUCGCCACUUGAUACACAUUUUGCUAUCAUCUUGCUUUUCGUCAUGGCUACAAUCGUCCAUGGCAUUGCAUAUGUGGAGAUAAAACUUCUACCUCAAAAUGCUGAGUAUCUUCCCAUAUUAAGGUUCAUUUGUCUGGUUUCUGGAAUUAUUACUAUUGAACUACUUGUCGCAAUAAUCUUUUCUCCCUUUUGGCUAUUCAUGGUUAAUUUAUGUCCAAUCAUGAUCCUAGGGGUACCACGCCAUUCAUACCAACAAGUUUAUCAGUGUAUCUACUACAUAGCUAAUUUAGUACUUAAUGAAGUAUGUAGCUUGUUUGAAAAGAUUUGUCAAUUAGUUGAUUAG